AUGGCAACUUCUCCGAAGGCAGUGCUGAAUGAGAUGCCUGUUGAAAUUGAACCACCGUUUCCUUUUUUCACUCCACGUCCUUUGAAGGAAAAUCUGAAUAAGCAAACAGCAAAUCUACUUGUUGUCAACACCACUCCUUUUAAACUUAUCUUCAAAAUUAUUCCUAAUAACAAAGACAUCAAUUAUAUUGUACGUCCCGUUGUUGGCUAUGUAACACCACACGGCUGUCGAUUCACUGCAGUGUCGAUGAGUGAGAAUCCAAGCCCAAAAAAGGAACAUGAUUUCACGUACAAAGUCGUGAUAUUACAAACAAAUGAAAGUUUUGGAAUAUCGGCUGAAGAGUUCUGGGAUAAAAAUCAACUUGAUACUGACACUCGUAGAGUUCAAGAGGCACAAUUCAUUUGUGUAGAACCGGAACAUGGCGCAACUCAUGAAUCAUAUCGUCGAGUGAUACCGAGCAUUUAUGAUAUAACUUCUGAGAAGUCACCAUCUGUUGAUUAUCUUAAAAGACUUAGACGUAACACAAAUCUGCUUGAUGGGCGUGCGGUGUUAUCUACGCCUGCAGUAGAUUCGCCUUCAUAUUCGAGGCGAAAAUCACGAUCAGGACGUACUGCUAGAACAGAUUCAGAUCGAUGCUUUUGUGUUUGCUGUGACCCAAAUAAUUAUUUUUGGCAAAGUGCUAAGGGGAUGCGCAGCUUUUUUUACGGAUUUCUGCUUUCAUUUGUUCUUUCUGGAUUUCUUUUCCUCCGAUGCAAGAGAUAA